UCAAGCAAGAGUUCUGCCAAAUCAGCUGGCACGGUGGUUGCAAUCUUGUGGAAGUUGUGUAUUAUUAUUUCAUAUAGUUUUUUUUAAAGCUGGUAUAAUAAGUGAAUCCAACCGUCACACGCUCUGUUUUGUUUCGGUGCACAGUUAGGAUGUUACCUAUAAAUGUUUCAAUGGCACGAGUAAAGUUCCUUUUGGCAGAGGUGCGAGCAGUUUCAGUACCGCUAAGGCACAGUUCUGGUCGCCCCUGGUUUGCUAAAUGUCAUACAUGUAGUUAUAAGUUUCCUUGUUUUCAUGGACGGUUUUUCUAUUCGACUGAAGGAAGAAGAGGUCGCGAGGUGUCCCUAACAUUUCUGCCGGGAGAAUGCACUGGUCUUGCAGAAGUUGUCAUGAGUCAAAUUCAUGCUCGAAAUUCACUAGGAAAUGUAUUUGUUGAUCAGAUGUAUGAAGUCGUACAGAAACUAAAGCAUGACAACAGUGUGAGGGCUGUAUUGUUUAAAAGUGAAGUAAAGGGCAUUUUUUGCGCAGGUGCUGAUCUUAAAGAAAGAGCCCAAAUGAGCAACACUGAAGUUGGCCAUUUCGUUUCCAGGUUAAGGACUCUAAUGAGUAAUAUUGCUGCAUUACCAAUGCCUACGAUAGCAGCUGUAGAUGGGUAUGCCCUAGGUGGUGGCUUGGAGCUGGCAUUAGCAUGUGACAUUCGAAUAGCAGCAAACUCAGCAAAGAUGGGCCUGAUUGAGACCACAAGAGGGCUUCUCCCUGGAGCAGGCUCCUAUAGCUGUAAGAAUGGCAAAAGAAUCAAUGAACCAAGGAAUGCAGGUGGAUAUUACUUCUGGAAUGGCAAUUGAACAUAUGUGCUACACUCGGGUUAUUCCAACUAAAGAUCGUUUGGAGGGGAUGGCUGCUUUCAUAGAAAAACGUCUACCCCGUUUUACUGGUGAAUAAUACAGGUGUCUUCUAUGGACAAUAAAUGGUGGAAAAUGGCAGACUGUACAGCAAGCAGCUGCAUAACUAAAGACUUCUCACUGCAGUACAUAUACGCUCACUCAAUGAAUAAAUCCUGUGCAAAGCAUGCACAUUUCAACUGCA